AGCGAGCCACCCGUGACGCCCAGUGCACCAGCCUCUCCUCCACCUCACUGCUGGUCAGGUGGACUCCCCCGCCCCCGUCGGCCAUCCAUGGGGUACUGCAGGGAUACAAGAUCAUCUACCGCCCUGUCCACCCCACCAGGUUCUUCCACCCAGACGACCUGAAGGAGAAGACAGUUUCCACCGUGUCCACUCCCCUUCUUGGUCUUGAUCGCUACACCAACUACAGCAUUACCGUCACUGCCUACACCAGGAGAGGGGACGGGGUGCGCUCCUCCCCCAUCUACUGCAUCACUGAAGAGGAUGUGCCUGGGCCAGUGGAGGCAGUGAAGGCGCUGGCGGUGGACAGUCAGAGUGUGCUGGUGGCGUGGCGGCCGCCCAGCCAACCCAACGGUGUGAUCACCAAAUACACCGUGCACGUGGACCAGCCCGACCAGCAGGUGGGCGGUCCUUCAUGGAGUGUUCCGGGGCCUCACAGUGGAGUGGGGGCAGUGUGGGAGGUGGGUGGGGGUGAUGGUGGAGGGCGUUCAUGGGUGGUGUCAGGUGGAGAGCGGCAGUACCUGGUGGCUGGCCUGGUUCCUGCUGCCACCUUUGGGUUCUCGGUGCGAGCCUCCACUCUGGUGGGUGACGGUCCCCCCGGUCUUCGAGUCACCCAGCGCCCCCGGCCAGAUGCCCCAGCUGCCAUCGCCUCCUUCUCAGAUAAGACGAUUGCAAUAUGGGGAGAGGAGCUGCGUCUUGCUUGUCGUGUGGUGGGCAGCCCGACACCUUCACGCACUUGGACCUUCAAUGGCAAGGGCAUCCCACAUAACCAGGGGCGACUGAAGGAGUACCCAGAUGGCAGUCUGCUGGUGGCGGAUGUCAAGGCGAGGGAUGCUGGGAACUACACUUGCACCACCACUAAUCUCCAUGGCUCGGACGCCAUCACCUACUCCGUCACUGUACAGGCCUCCAGGGAUCAGGGAGUGCCACCCGCCCCGCCACUGGUGUAUGUGUCGGACGUCACGGCCUCCACACUGACUGUUCGGUGGCGCUCUACCAGCACUGGCGGCGCUCCUAUCCUGGGCUACUACCUCCACAAGAAGAGGGAGUUUGGUGAAUGGCAGCGAGUGGAGGUGCCGGAGGACGCUGACUCCUACACCUUGACAGGACUGCAGUGUGGCACUCGCUAUCAGGUGUAUGUGACGGCCUUCAACCACGUGGGCGCCUCACAGCCCAGCGACGCCAUCCCCACCAAGACCCUAGGCAGAGAGCCCAUUGUGCCCGCCCAGUCUUCCCUCCUGCGUGUGAACGUGACCUCCAUCUCCCUCAACCUGGCGGCCUGGCUGGAUGGUGGCUGUCCCAUCACCUCCAUGGUUGUGGAAUAUAAGGGGCGUGACAUGAGCUCCUGGACGCUGGUGUCAAAUCACGUGCGAUGGGACAACACUAGUGAGUUCCUGGUGCUGGACCUGAAGCCUGCCCACCACUACACCCUCAGAGUCACCGCCCACAACUCGGCCGGCUCCUCCGUGGCCACCUACCCUUUCACCACCCUCACCCACCUCGGAGCCACCCUGUCGCCAGAGCUGAUGGUGCAUGACCGGGCCGGCGCCGUGCCCUGGUACCUUGACUCCCACGUGCUGGUGGCUGUGGUGGUGGCCUGCAUCCUGGUGCUGCUGGCUGUGUGUGUUGCUGUGGCGUACACUUGCCGCAGGACCAACACCCACACACAGACAUACAAGGAGGUCAAUCACGUCCACAACGACCUCACACCAGAUUCCGGCCUGACCUCAGAAACACUGCUGGGCGGCCGUAGCUUGGAGAUCCUGGAGGCGUACACCCCUUCUACUCUCCCACUGGGCUCCUAUGACGAGAUCUCACCCUACGCCACCUUCAGGAUGCCAGGGGAGACAAAAACACCUCCACCACCACCACUUCCUUCGCCCGACGUGAGCCUGGCCGAGUCGACCUACUCCAGGGUGAAGCGCAAGUGUCCGGCCAGUCAAGACGGAGGCGUCCCCACCCCUUCCCGCCCCACCCCAAGUGAGCACCCUUCGGAUAAGGCCUCUAAGGGUGCCAAGGGGAAGGGAGCAGCCCGAGGCCCCGCCAGCGCUGAGAAAGGUGUGGCCAGCAAGGAAGCGAGUGGCUCAUCUGUCACCUCCGUCAGUUCCAACCAUGAGGAGCUGGUGCGCGCCUACCACGCCCACAGCCACACCAAUGGCGGCCCCACCACACCUGAGUCUGGCCGCAGGAACAAGUGUGGUGUGGUAACAAGUAGUGAGGUCACCACUGAAUCUGACACACCUCAUGAGCCUGACCUGGUGUCAUUCUGUGCUGCGCUGGGCAACAACCGAGCCCUGCGAGUCCCUGCCCUCUUCAAGCCAGAUGGCGACUACCAGACUGUGGCAGACAUGGUGGGCGGCGGCCGCUCCAGGACAGAGUCAACCACCAGCCAUGAGGAGAGUUCAGACGAGGCCAGGAGUGCAUCGUCCCAUCGCAGGUCACGGGCACAGGAACUCCAAGCCAGGCAGGGUCACCGUCCCUCCCGCGGCGACCCGGACUACAGCUAUGCUCGUCCUGUGAAGAAGCAGUGCCCUCCCCCUCCUCCACUGUCCUCUACGGAAAGCAACAGCGCUGAGUAUGGUGAGGGCAGCCAGACCACGUACAGCCGCCGCCACACCCUGGAGUUUUCCGAGGCUGAGUGUGACCACCCCUCCAUCAAGCAAGGAGUGGAACCUCUGGAGCAGCUGAUGGCUGACCUGGAACUGGAGAAGAUGGUUCAGGAUGCCAGCAAGACAGCUCUCUGACACUUCCAGUAGUGGUAGUAGCCUCCCGCUGCCACCCUCGCUGCCUCACUGCUCUGCCACUCUUGAAAUAUAACACUGAGGCAGCAUUUGUAUUCCUUAGUGCUUGAUUAUUGCUUGGAUUUGAGGCUUCCCUGCUUGGUGACACUAUUCUUAAGCACUGUGGGCUUUCACUGCCACAAUUUCCAAGCUUUACAGAGAUGAUAAGUCAGGUUUCCAUAGAUAUUUUUCUCACUAGUGGUGGAAAAUCCUUUGAAGUAUCAUUAGAAUCAUGAAAACCACAAUAAUUUUUAUUUCAUCCAUUUAAGACUAUGUGUUUGAGAAUACAAAACCUCAGCUGGCUUAUUGCUUUGAUCUCUGGCUGAGUGUGUGAAGUGACAUCCUGAGUCCUGUGUCAGGCUGCUGGUGCUUCACAGGGAUGUGGCAGGUGGUGGGUGAUGGAGGUUGAGGCUUUCAGAUGUGCAUACACCCCUCAGCUUUAUGCAGGGUGGUGCACUAGGGUGUUCUUAUUAAGCUUGCUUACUCAAGUUGCUGUUGUUGUGUCCACACUUGCCUCAUACAGGUAAAAAGUGACUCAGUGUGUUGAGUGUUGUGUUGUGGUGAUGCACAAUGCUGCUGAGGCUGCAGUCCUGACCCAUUGUAUUGAUGGUUGGUUCAGUCACUGUGUGUCAACAUCUGAAAUUUGUUAAUGCUUUACUUUAGUAAGUCGUGACAAGAGUACUGCUGUCAUCACUUCAGGAAGAUUAUUCUGAGUGUCAAAAAAACAGUCGGUGAAUAAUGAGUCAUGCUGAGGAAUUCAAAGAAACAGUAAACUAUUUUUUGCUGAAAGUUUCCUAAGGAAAGUCAAGUUAAAGAAGAUUAUUCCGAGAGGUAGAAGAUGAAAAAUUUGUGCUUUUGAACUAACAAAAAGAUGAGGCAAGAUAGAGAAUUCAAAAGUGGUAAAAGACAAAGUGUUUUUACUUUAACUGAUGCAGGAAAGACAAAGCAGACUAGAGAACUUUAAGAACUAAAAAAGAAGGAAUGAUGGCUAAAGUUGAAAAACAAAUCAUAUUGCAGUUACCACUUCAGUAAAGUAACCACAAGUAAUACUAUACAACACUUAUUGAGGUGAAAAGUUAGUAACAAGUUUUGACCUGCAUGAUAACAAGUUACCACAUGUGAUGAAGGUGUCUCCACUCUCACACACAGAGUGACUCACCAUAAAGGAACAAGUGCAAUCCCUUACAAGAUAUUGGUUGUUUUGAAUAAUUACCAGGCACCAGUGGGUUCAGAAACUGCUAGGUCUUCCCAGUGACUGAUGUGAAUACAAGCCAGGUACCUGAGGCUGCUACAUGGUGCAUAUUGUAGGUGGUGGUUUUAUAUGACAGGCAGGCACAGUACCAGGGAGUGUGGGACCAUGCCAGGCACCACAGCCACACUGUCGUAGUAUAUGAUACCAUGGGUGCUAUGAAGUGGUUGUUAGCUGACCACAUUAUGUACUACUAGGGAUGGUUGUGUAGGACGACCAGACUCAAGGGACCGUUGUUGUGUGUACAGUGUGAGUGCAGUAGUACAUGGUUGCCAGUGCUAGGAGCUGUUACUUGUGGUGACUGUGUAGUGGUCUUGUAUGUUGUUACGAGAUGCCACUCAAGAAAUAUAUUAGGGAUUUGUAACUAUGGUUGUUAAUUAAUAGGAAAGGUUAUGUUUUUUUUCUUUAGGGUACUAGAGGCCAUACAUGAGGACCACAGGCUUCAACAAGUACACAUAUGAUACGUUAUGACUAGGGGCAGGGCAGGGUAGUAUACAUAUGUAUACAUACAUACCUAUAUGUUAAUACAGCAAAUCAAGGCGAUAUUUGUAAAUAUAUUAUUGUUCGUAAACUUGAAUAAUGAUUAUAUAUAUGAGCUUCUGUAUUGAAAUGUGAUAAAUACAUAUGUACUAUAUUGUCAUGGUUGUUGGAGGGUGUGUUAGUGUGUGCCGACCACCGGGCAGGUGUUGUGUGGUACAGUGUCUCAGGGUGAAGGAAGCAAAGGAAUGAGUGGACGAAAGCUAACGGAAGGAAAUGAAUUCCGAGAAACUGACAAUUUUUAGAUGAAGCAGGAAACAUAAGAAGAUAUUCAAAUUUUACUAGUGUGAAAUUGCAAAAGAAGAGGGAAUUGUAAGAGAUGAACGGCAAAUUUAUUUUUCCUUGCAUUUGAAUAAAGGAUGAAACCACAAAUUAUAAAAACCUAGUUGAAGAUGAAGGAUUUUUAAAUAGAAUUACAUAAAAUGAUGAACAUUGAGGGGAGAUGGGCAAUCCAAGAGGUGAAGGAUGAAACAUUUUAUACAUGCAUGAAGACGUGUAAGAUGAUAGGGAAAGAAAAAUUUAAGUAAUAAGAGAAAAAAAUCACAUAUGAAUGAAUAAACAAAUCAUUAGAUAUUAAAACAGAAAGAAUUUUUGCAUAUGAAGUAAUGAAUGAAAGGUCAAAUAAGGAGAAUUUAAAGUGGUGAAAAAAUGCAAAAUAUUUUUUGUCUAAGUGAACACAGACACAAGAGAGAGAACUGAACACUAAGAGAUUAAGAACUUUUAUCCACAAACUAAUGAGUGAAAGACAAAACAAGGGGAGCAUUUAAAGCAGUGAAAAGUGGACUCUUGUGUGAAUGAAUAAACACAAGAGGCUGAGAAGAGAGACUGAAGUGAUAUGAUGACAAAGGAUUUCUUAUCACCAUUCUUAUGUAACUUGAAAUUUUUGAUGUGAAGUACAUACAUACAUAAAUACAUACAUAUUAAGAAAAAUGUCCCAACUUCAAUAUAUACAUGCAUACAUACGUGUUGUGUUGUGUUCCUCACCUGCUAAUCACUGACCUGUUUUGUGUUGGUCUUCCUCCUCUUCCUCACGUCACUUCUACACGUCAUUACUUCUCACUUGUUAUCUGGAAUCCUUGAAGAGUUUUUUUUUUCAUAUUAACAACAUUUUUUCUUGUUUUAUAAAAGUGGAUUUAGUCUUUUCAACAUUUCCUGGACUUGUUUUCGGACAUUAACUUUUCUCCAACCAGUUUUUCACAAUCCUGGUGUCAUUCACUUAUUGAAUCAUUGUUUCUUCAGUUUGCAUCUUCACUUAUGGAUCUCACUAACUUUAUCUGAACAUGUAUUUUCAACCUGAUCAUUUACUUUGUAAGCUUUCACUUGCUUUAUACGUUAUCACAAACAAUGAAAGGUGCUGAAAAUUUUUAGUUUUAACUUUAAAGGUGUUUUUAUGUAUAAUACUAUGCUUCAUUAUUUUUUCUCUCUAUCUCUUUCUCAGACCUUCCUUCCUCUCCUCAUAUUAUCCUCACUUACUUCCUCCCCUUAAUGGCUGACCACUCUGCUCCUCACUUUCUGCUGCCCUUAUUGUUCCCACACUUACUUCACACAAUCCUCCACCACUUACUCCACUCACUCUGCCUCGUCUGGUGUUCACUGUCCCCUCUACCAUUUUCUCUCCACUGCUGUUAAUCAGUAUGCAAGUGUCUGUGCAUUUGCUGGUCUGUGUAUGUAAAUAUGUCUGUAUAUAUUCUGUGCGUGUGUGAACAUUUGUGAUUUCACACUUUGAAGUUUUGUAUAAAUAAACAAUGCACUAUUUA